AAGAAGCCAGCAGCCCCAAAAAUACAGGGCAAGCUCAACUUCCAACGCGUCCAGAAGCCACACACUACAGUCUCUCCUCUCGUCCAGAUACUCUCGCAAUACGAACUCAUGAUCAUGGUCACCGACCAGCUCUCUUCGGCCGACAUCAUCCACCUUACUGCGACCUGCAAGGAAAUCAAGACCUACCUUACCGACGACAAGACCAUCUACGCUGGUAUCACAGAACGCGCCAACUGCGACGGCAAAGGCAUCGAAGCCAGAGCCAAGUGCUUUGGACACUGGAAGGGAGAUGUCACACAGGCAAACGUCCGCUGUGGAGGUUCAGACUGCAAGCCUUGUAAUGACUGCAAGGCCAUGGUCUGCAAUGAAUGCCGCUACCACAUCGCCUACAUGAUCAAGUCGCCUUGCUGCAGGGAUGAUCCAUCGCAUUGGGAAAGCCACGAAGUCGACGCUGCAGAGGACCUUGACGACAUCAAUGAAUGCCAUGGGGAUUGUGGUGACUCUGCGCUCCUGGCUGGCGAGCCUCGUGAACGCCGUUACUGUUCGAAGUGCAAGCCACACUUGUGCAACGAGAAAGGCGUGCCAGUUCUGGACCAUAUCUUCGACGUAAUCAGCGAGCACGACGAUGAUAGCGAUUGGUGUUUCUGCACCUUGGCCAACAAGUUCAUUGAGGACUGCUGGCUCUGCAUUCCAUGCUUCAUCAGGCAAGAGGCCGAAGCUUACAGCCGCCGUUACAAGCGAGAGGUUUACAAGUGGGAAGACGGAGUAGAUGGAGAGUUUCGGACGCGCAAAACUGAGUACUUCUGCGAUUGCGGUCGUGUUGCUAACAUCAGAUUCCUGGUUUCCUGCAGAUGGUGUGAUGAGUACAUGCUGACUCCUGAGGUCGCCAAUAUUCUCUUUUGA